AUGCCUCCUGCUUCGGAGCAUGUAGAGGCUCCAGCAAUGUUGCGCAUUUGGUUGGCUUCCGGAGAAGAGCUACCGCCUAUCUCCAGGGAGAAGAUUCGUGUUUGGGACCUGAAACAUUACUUGCGCCGCGAGCACGGCUUCCCGUUCUGCAUGCAGCGGCUGAUAUGUGGUGGCGACUGCUUGUCAGAUAAAACCGAUGUCGCUGCACCCUGCGAACUGCAGCUGAUGUUGUCGAUGGAAGCUGGCAGCUGGCUCGAUGCUGGAACAGAGCUUGUGUCUUUCGCUGCCAAUACAGGGCACGUUGAAGCGACACGACGGCUGCUUCAAGUGUGCAACGAUCAGGUCUGCCGUUGUAAAGCUCUCAGCGUUGCUGCGCUUCAGGGCCGUACUGAAGUUGCACGCCUGCUAGUGAAAGCUCGUGCGGACACGAACGUGCCGGAUACGAAGGGCAAGACAGCUCUCAUCCAUGCUGCCUCCGCUGGUCACACUGAGAUUGCUGGACUUCUGUUGGAAUCUGGCGCUGCGGCGGACAUGCCUGAUCCAUACGGUAUGACUGCCCUCAUGCACGCAGCAUAUAGCGGCCACGUCAAGGUUGUCCAUCUUCUGCUGGAUGCCGGGGCCAACAAGGACGCGUGCGACAGAGGCGGCAAGUCUGCUCUCGCACACGCACUCUGCAACGGCCACAUCACGAUUGCCCAUCUUCUACUGGAUGCCGGUGCUAGCAAAAAACUGCCAGAUCUUGAUAGAAAGUGCUAUGCAAGUCUGGGACUUGCCGCCCCCGCAGGCGAUCUCGAGAUUAUACAGUUGCUGCUCGAUGCAGGCGCCGAUUGCAGUGAAGCUCUGUUGCCCGCAGCUUGUCACGGCCACAGCGAGAUAGUCCGAGUACUUCUGGAUGCUGGUGCUGACAAGAACGCGUGCGCCCUGGACGGCAAGUCUGUUCUGGAUCACGCAGCUUCUAACGGCCACAUCCAAGUUGUCCGUUUGCUGGUCGAGGCUGGGGCUGCUGGCGAGUAG